CUACCUCAUCCUGUUCCUUCCUUCUCUGUUCCUCAGCUCUCUGCACUCCACUGCUCAGGGAUUUUGGUGAAGCUUGAUGAUGGAGUUCAGAGCAAGCCUUUUCACCGCGGCGAUGCUCGCCAUUGCCGUGCUCUCGUCCCCAGCAUUCGCGGCACAGAAGGCCACGAGCCCCCCUGCUCCGCCGGCGGACAUCCUCCCACCGGCCCCGGCUCCAGCGCCGGCGCCGGGCCACGUGGACCUGGCCGACCUCCUGAGCGUUGCCGGCCCAUUCAGCACCUUCCUGGAGUACCUGAAGAAGACAGACGUCCUGGAGACCUUCCAGAGCAAGGCGAACGACACCAAGGAGGGGAUCACCAUGUUCGUGCCCAAGAACUCGGCGUUCGCGGCGCUUCGGACCACGACGUUCGCCAACCUCACCGGCGACCAGCUCAAGUCGCUGAUCCUUUACCACGCGCUGCCCAAGUACUACUCCCUGGCGGAGUUCAACAAGCUGAGCAGCCUCAACCCGGUGGCCACCUUUGCCGGGUCGCAGUACACGCUCAACCUCACCGACAACAUGGGCAGCAUCCGGGUGAAGUCCAUGUGGUCCAACCCCAAGAUCAGCAGCAGCGUCUACUCCACCCGCCCCGUCGCCGUGUACGAGGUCGACAAGGUGCUGCUGCCGAUGCAGAUCUUCAAGAGCGACCCGCCGCUGGCACCAGCGCCCGCGCCGGCGCCGAUGGACGACAAGGCCUCGGACGACGCCGCUAGCCCGGCGUCGCGGAAGCCGGCGAGCCAGAAGGCGACAGGGUCGAAGAGCGCGUCGUACCGCGCUGGCGUCAGUGUGGCCAGUUAUGUGGCGGUUGCUGUCUCCGGCGGCCUGAUGAUGCUCCUGUGGUGAGAGCAUACAGUGAACGAGAGACUGAUCGAGUGGUCAGUGGCAUGCUGAGUUAAUCCGUGCUGCUUAAUUUUUACAUGGAAAUUGUUGCUGAGUUCAUUCUUUGGACAUAGUAGGUGUGGAGCUAGGAUUUGCAUCAUAUAUGCUUUCAUGGUUGCCCUUGUCGAUACUACU